GGACGGAGAGGGAGGGGAAGGGAUGGGGACGGAUGGCAAGGGAGGGGGAGUGAGGGGGGUUGUCUCCUUCCUCUUGUUUGGGUUUCCAAAGAGGCAGAGGGGAGGAAGAUGGACUGAUUCGGACUCCCUUUUAACCAUCCUCAAAUCUGUAAAUUUGCAAUCCGCCCGGUUUGGGAGGGAUUUGAGUGACUGUUUAAAUUAGAUUAAAUGUAAUUACAAAAUUAAUUUUAAUUUUUUUAUUAUAUCCUUCUCCUUCUUGCAGCAACAACACCAAAACUCUCCUUCUCCUUCUUGCCAGCAACAGCACCAAAACCAGAGGAUUCAACAGAGGCCAUAAACCAGUGAGAAUACAUGUCAAUACCAGUUUUCUCCAUUUAUUAUUUUUAUUUUCCGUCAUGACCCUGCUGCUAUGUCUUUUUUUGUUUCAUAAUGGCCUUCGGUUGCUUCACUGGCCGGAGCAAAAUUUAAGGUUCUGCUCUUGCCAGUGAAGCAACUUACCAAAGCAGAAAUUUAAUUUUUGAAACAAUUGUUAAGCAAUUUUUAUAUUACGUGUUCACUGUCCGUGAAAGCAGAAUUUUUGCAAAAUCAUCUUUCAAUGCUCUUGCAAGUGCCACUUUAACACAUAAUAUCUAAAUAUUAUAUUCAGGUAUCUUCCUUCAAAGCAAUGAUCCACCAAACUACUUAUUAGUGGUAGAUGACAAUUGAUGGGAUUUAAAAUCUUAAUCAAUAAUUUUCUUCCUUUAAUUUGCAUUUAUCAGUUUUUUAAUCCAAACUCAUAUUUGUAAAUUUAAAAUUAAUUUAAAUCAUUCCAUUCCUUUCUUUCCUUUUACUUAAUUAUCCAAACAUAAAAUAAUGCAAUCAUUCCCUUUCCUUCCCCUUCCUCAUUUUUAUUUAUCCAAACAAAAUUAACACAAAUCAUUUCCUUCUAUUUUCUUCCCUUUCCUUUCUUUUCCUCCCCCUCCAUUUCCUUUUAUUUUCCUCCAUUCCCCUCCCUUCCCCUCCCUUUACUAUUUUCUAUCCAAACAGGGCCUUAGUUUUGGGUAGUUUUCUUUUUUGGAUUUAUUGGGCGUAUAAAUAGAUUGGAGGGAGAAGAUUUUCGGGUUUUUUUUUUUUUUUGGAGGAGAAUCUGAAACGGCGAUGCUGAGAAGAA